UUUGGUCGGUUUGGGUUUGGCGUUCUUGUUUUGUCAGGGUUCGUUGGGUUGCACCCUCUGUCUAAGAAUGUCGACGUUACAAGCGAGCUGCACGUCGGCACAUUAUUCCUAGAGCCGAAAACCUCGCUUCUGUGAGCUCAUGCACCUCAUACCCAAAAUCUUCGAAACACUCGAAAUACCUUGAUCGUCAGAGAAACGCUGGGAACGUCUGCUGAGUCGAACGAACAGAUUCUUGCAUCGCAAAGUGUCCUCAGCUGCAGGUGUGAAUCGCCAUCCAAGCGCACGCGCAGCGACAGUUGUGUUCCCUCAAGACUACUACAUCCGCCCAAACGUUGGGCACUGAAUAUCAUACAUCACAGCUUCCCAGUACACAGUGUCACAAGUCGCGGUUUUCAGACGUUCUCCGGCAGUUACCUCACGCGUUCGCCUCGGCCCUAGAACACCCUUCCUCAACCAACCGCACACCAUGCCUCGGCCAAUACCCAUCCAAACUCGCUCGAAACCUAUCUACAACAAUUGCUCCGUCUACUCCCCCGAAGGGACGUUGAUGUUCCGCUGUUCGACGAAGAAGAUCAAGUGGUAUCUUGACAGGGAUCUCGCACGCCCGUAUACUCCUCCGACGAGUGACUCGAUGCAGAACAGCGAGAAGGCUUCGGCGGGGAGUGAGGAGGAAGAAGGAGUUCCGCGGAGUAUUAUGUUGACGUUUACGCCAAAAGGAUCAGGUCGCGUUAAUGAAGGCGAGGAGUGGUAUCUCGAAGAACGCAUGGAGGUAUGCGUCGUCUGCGGCUUCUCACCCUCAUCCCCUUCCUCCUCCACCUCCACCACUCCACUCCAAACAACAACAACCCCGGCCCACAGCUCAGUUGCCUCCGGAGGCUUAACACUCCACCACAUCAUCCCACACACCUACACCCACCAUUUCCCCCUCCCCUACAAAUCCCACUCCUCCCACGACAUCCUACCCCUGUGUAUCCCCUGCCACCUAACCUACGAAGCCCGUGUCUCACUCCCCCUCCGUCGUCGAAUCGUGGACGAAUUUGGGGUGGGGUUGGAGGGGGGGCCGUGGGUUAGGGACGACAGGGUUGGGAGGGUGAGAAGUGCUGCGAGGGCUUUGCUUGGGGUUAAGGUGGGGAAGAUUCCGGAGGGGAGAAGGAGGGAGUUGGAGGCCAUUGUGAGGGAACACCUCGAUCUCGAACCCACUGACCCGCUCCUCCCCGAACUCCUACAACCCCUCACCGCGCUCGAACCACUUACGCGUGCACCCACCUACACCUCACACGGCGAAUCCAUCGUCCGCAAGCUCCUCGAAGGAUGCGCUAAUCCGGAAGAGGAGAGGGAGAGGGUGGAGGGGUUCGUGAGGAUGUGGAGGAGGGGGUUUUUGGAGGUGAUGGGACCGAGGUUCUUGGAGGGGAGUUGGAGGGUUGGGGAUGUUGUUGGGGUUGUGAAUGGGACGGAGGAGGAGGGGUGAGGGAAGAGCGGGGAUACAUGGUACGUGACCGGGUAAGGCAUGUUGUUUGUGUGUGAUCACCUCGAGGAUG